AUGAUGGCAGAUCCAUUUGAGGUGCGGAUGCGCUUUACCGCACAACUGCAGCACCUCAACGCCUCGGUGACUUCGUCUCAGAAAGCCGCGCACUAUGCGCUCAAGUACCGCGACAUGGAUGAGGACCUCCAUUCCUGUAUAUUGGAGCAACUGGAAAGAAACAACAUGAACAACCGCGCCAACAUCAUGUAUUUUAUCGAACAAUUCUGCGAGAUGGCAACAAAAGAAGACCACCCACCAUACGUCCGCAUGAUCCAGCGGGAUAUCUUACGAGUAGUCGAUGCUGUCGCGCCCGCGGAUGGGUCAGGAGCUGCCAACGUGAAGCAUGUGCGACGGGUGAUCAACGGUCUGCGGAGCAAGUCGAUUCUCUCGGCGGAGACGGUGGCGGAGAUCAAUGCUGGGCUGAAAGAUCGUGAAUCGCACGCGGCACAUCUCGACCUAGAGGGAGAAGAAGCGCCGGAGGACAGUGCGAACUCAAAAAGUGCAGCACAGCGAGGCUCGCGGGCGAACGGGAUGCGCGUGGACAAGAGGCAGAUCGAACAGCGCAUCGAGGAAGAUCGGGAGCGGAACAAACGGCUGCGAGAGAGCAUGUGGACUGUCCGUGGUGAUGAUGGUGAUGAGCAUGGAAGGUUCUGGGAUGAGGCCAGCGAUAUCGGGGAGGAUGACUUUCUGGCUGCCAAUGAAGAGCUCAUGGAACGUCAACAAAUGGCUUCCGCUGCAUGA